GGGUUAUCAACUACAGCACCACCAUAUCUUCCCCAAAAGCCUACCACCACCUGUUAUUGCCACUGCCUGCACCUUCUCCUCAAGUGCAUCCAGGCCAGGUCAGGUAGCUGUAGAUAUCGCGUACAUACAGAGUGCGUGCAGCAUUGCCUAGUGUGACAUUUCGCCCGUCUACGCGUGUGUGCGCUUCGCGAAUUUCCUCCACUAUGUCUAAGGCGGCGCAGGCGAAGAAGCGCGGGUUGUCGCUGGAGGAGAAGCGCGAGAAGAUGCUCGAGAUCUUCUACGAGUCCAAGGACUUCUUCCUCCUGAAGGAGUUGGAGCGCAUGGGGCCGAAGCGCGGUGUGAUCAGCCAGUCGGUGAAGGACGUGAUUCAGAGCCUCGUGGACGACGACCUCGUGCUCCGUGACAAGAUCGGCACCUCCGUGUACUUCUGGAGUCUGCCGAGCAGUGCAGGAAACAAGCUGCGGCAAGCGGAGGCCCAGCUGACAGCGGAGGUGGGCGAGCUGCAGGCCAAGAAGGCGCGGCUGGAGCAAAGGCUGGAGAGCGCCCAGGCGGGCCGACAGGAGUCCGAGGACAGGAGUAGGGCCCUGGCGGACCUGGCUGGGUUGCAGGCGAAGAACCAGAAGCUCAAGAAAGAGUUGGAGGAGUUUGCGGAGAAUGACCCAGAGCUGCUGGAACACAAGACCAAAGUCACCCGGAUAGCCAAGGAUGCUGCCAACCGAUGGACAGAGAACAUUUUUUCCCUGCAGCAGUGGUGCAACGACCAGUUCCCAGAGGCGUCUGAGAAGCUGGCCCAGCUGUAUCAAGAGGUUGGAAUAACUGAUGACAUUGAUUACGUGGAAUGAGCAUCAGUGCAGGCGAACUGCACUGCACCUUUGUACAAAGUACAUAUACCCGUUGUUUAGCCGUAGCGUGUUCAGAUGUUAACAUGCCGUUUUGCCUUGUCUAGAACCAGGCCCUCAGAUUGGUUUAGGGAGGGCUGAUGACUCAGGGCCCCCCUUGUGACUACCCAUACUUUUCAGGGUCGGGGUCAGGCCUCAAAUUUGAAGGGUGUUUCACCCUGAUUGCCCUUGCCAGUGGCCGCUUUUCAGGUUCACCCUGAUUUUGUAAGGGCAUUAUUUUUGUGACUCUUAAUCAAAAAGUG